GUCAUUCAAUCUGAUUGAUACCGUCUAAAUUAUAACAAUGAAAAAUUCUUGUUAAAAUAAUAAAAAAUCAAUAAUGUAAUUCCAUCCUUUCUUCCAUAACUACGAUGAAGUAAUUAGUGAAACACAUCUACUGAGACUAUGAGUGGGACUAAUGCAGCAGAGCAGGACUGUGAGUGUUUCGCGGAAUCUCGCACCAAGAAAGCUUGUCCUACACCGCGCAACGUGACGCACCCUCUGCGCUACUAUGAGUUUACCCAGGAGGAGAUGAGAGCGCUGGAGGAGUGCGACAGAGAGAGCUUCUUCCAGCGCUGUGUGCCGUUCAGUGCCCUCCUGGCUACUAUCACCUACGCCGCCAUAAAGAACGAAUCGCUGCGAACGAACCCGCACUUCGGUGCCGCUCCUAAAGUAAUAACUGCUAUAUUGGCUGGCUACGUGCUGGGGCGACUAUCCUACCUGAACAGUUGCGACCAGAAGCUGCGCGCGCUGCCCGCCAACAGCCACCUCGGCAACGUCAUGCGGAAGUACUACGCCGACAACAUCGCGUACUAUACCCCUAAACCCAAGGAACCAGAAAAAAAAUGAUUGUGCUAUUGUGAGCUCGCCUUAUAUCUUAGGUACCAUCGACGCGGCGACGGUAAUAUACCGGCCUCCAUAGGCAAGUUUGAUGCACAGUUAAGAGUUUGUCUGUUAGUGAAUUUCAAUGUUAUCCUGUUUUAAAAAUUUUGAAUUUAUAUAGCAAAGCCAAGUAAAAUACAGUGCCGCUCUUAGUUUAUUGUAAUAAUUACUGUUUCCCCGUUUUUUUGUGAAUUUGUAAGUUAUUAUUUUAUGUAAACAUUCCAAAAACUGCUUCAACUGGGUAUUUAGUUGUCUUACUUUUUUGAAGACUAGUUACCUACCUAUUAUUUUCUGUAAAAUUUGUAAGUAAUUUGUAAGGGAGAUAGGUAUUGAGGCACUUCUAAGUUCCUUGACAAAUUAUAUAUAUGACGGAAUGAGCUCGUCACGUCUGGUGUCUAUUUGUUUCUCUGUCAAAAUAAAAAGCAUUAACAGACUUCAGUUUUCCUUAAAAUAAGAGCAUUAUAAAACGGGCCGUGGCUAUAAAAAUGUAAAGUAUGGGAAUGUAUGCACAGCUUCGAAUGUUGAACUAUUUACUGUAGCCAUUUGCCACAAAUGUUCAUAAACAUAUUACUCUACCUUAUAGGCCAGAUAGGAUGCUAGCUAAACAUUGAAUUUAGAAAUUCAUAUUAUGUAUCAUUCAUUCUCUCACCUAUUAGGUUUCACUCAUUCAGUCAUUGUCACCUAUUAGGUUUGUAGUCAACUUGUUAAAUGUUAAUGAGAUGGUGUAGCUAUGUAGGUACAACUUGGAAAAUUCGCUGAAUUUGAAUUUUAAUAAAAAUACCUACAUACUUGA